UCUGGUCAUCAUCCUGUAACUACAUAACACGGCUGCUUAAAAAAAAUCCUCGGAUGUGAUCUGCAUCCGUUAUUUACGGUCCACAGGCCCGGUCCGUUCAGGAAACAACGGCGUUUUUCGCAAUAAUCUGGGAUUGGGAGUAGACCGGGACAAAAUUCGGUUCUUUGUCUGGCGGAGUAAUUACACUUCUGGCUCUUCAGCAUGUGCUUCGGGGUCAUGUAUGCCUCUGUUGUGUGUCUGCUGCUUGGGGCUGCAUCAGCCAUCCAGAGCCCCCAGACAGUGUUUUUGGAUAAGCAGCAGGCUACUUCACUAAUCUCCCGUCAAAAGAGGGGCACUGAAGCAUCCAGCCUGGAGCAGGCCUGCAUGGAGAAAGUGUGCACUUAUGAUGAGGCCAGAAGAUUUUUCCAGGACACUUACCGCACGGACAUCUUCUGGUCAGUCUACAUCGAUGGUGAUCAGUGUGCAGAGAAGCCCUGCAAGAAUGGAGCCAUGUGCUUAGACAGUGUGGGAGGCUAUGAUUGUGUCUGCAAGUCAGGUUUCAGUGGAGAAAACUGUCAACAAGACUUGACCCUUUGCGUGGUGGAGAAGGACAAGGGCUGCUCCCAGUUCUGCAAACCUGGAUAUGUGUCCUAUGAGUGUUCCUGUGCUAGAGGAUGGAAGCUGAGUCAGACUGACAGAAACACUUGUGUGCCUGCAGUUUCACAACCCUGCGGUAAGCUGAACAGCCCGAGUGUGUGGAAGAGCAGCGAGGUCAGCAACAUUGAUGAAGUGUCCUGUUCGUCCUCCAACUGUCCCUGGCAGGCUUUGCUGAAAAUUACAGAGUCCCCAGGAUAUUGCAGCGGAGUCAUAAUAAAAGAGAAUCUGGUCUUGACCACCGCUGAGUGCGGCAACAAGUACAAGGACUUUCAGGUUGCUGUUGGCAUCUCAAGAGAAAGGUCAGUGAAGACGCUGAGAGUGAGAGUAGUUCAUCUUCACCCUCGCUAUGUGGAAGGCCGCCCCGAGAACAACCUGGCCGUGAUCGAGGUUGAAGACCGCUUCUCUUUUAGCGAUCAAGUCAUCGCUGCCUGUUUGCCAGAAAAAGACUUUGCCGAAAGCGUCCUGAUGGCGGGGGAGCUCCCAGCUUUUACUACCGGAUGGAAGACGAGCUCACAGGCAGCUUUCCAGGACCAACUCACCCUGAAGAAGCUGGAGUACCGCCAGCUAAAUCAGUGUUUGGGCACCUACCCCAACAUAAUGACCAACAAGAUGGGCUGUACCGCACCACCAGGAGGAGCUGACUGCUCCAUGAGCUCAGGGAGCCCCGUGUUCACCAUGUACAGGGAUGUGUUCUUCCUCACAGGAAUUUUGAGCCAGCCUGAGGGGGCCGACUGCAACAAUGGUUAUAUCUUCCAAAAAGUGUCACGCCACCUCAGCUGGCUGCAGUUUGUCAUGGGAUCACGCUGAUCAUAAACUAUUUCUGUCUGUCUUUUGAACAGUUAUGCAUACACUGAAUCUUAUGUCUUUGUGCACUUCCUCAUUUAUCCAGUAGGUGGCUCUUUAACAAAAGAUUUGCUCUCAUGUGUCAUGGCCUUUCAUGUACAGCCCUCAGCAUGUGAAAACGUUUAAAGUUGUAUUAUUUAAAAACUACUGUAAUGGUCUAUAUGUAUCUUUAAAUUACACCUAAUAUUUAUGUUACUCACAUUUAAUAAAUCAUAACAAUCUGUCA